UGGGAGCGGAAGUGACGUCGCGGGAAGAUGCCGGUGGCGGUGGCGGCCGAGAGCGCCGAGAGCUUCAGGAGGCUCCUGGAGCAGUGCGAGACUCGGGAGCUGGAGGCUCCUGGAGGAAUUGCAACCCCCCUUGUUUAUGGCCAGCUUCUGGCUUUGUACCUGCUGCACAAUGACAUGAAUAACGCACGGUAUCUCUGGAAAAGAAUACCUCCUGCCAUCAAAUCUGCAAAUGCUGAACUUGGUGCAGUUUGGUCAGUGGGACAGAGAAUCUGGCAGAGAGACUUCCCAGGAAUCUAUUCAACAAUCAGUGCACAUCAGUGGUCUGAGACCAUCCAGCCAAUCAUGGAAGCACUCAGAGAUGCCACCAGGAAACGAGCCUUUGCACUGGUUUCUCAGGCUUAUACAUCAAUAGUUGCAGAUGAUUUUGCAGCUUUUGUUGGACUUCCCGUAGAAGAAGCUGUGAAAGGUGUGCUAGAGCAGGGCUGGCAAGCAGACUUUGCAACUCGCAUGGUGAUGCCUAAAAAGCCAGGUGUGCUGGAAGCUUCCUUGAAGAGAUUUAUUCCUUCAUCAGAACCUGCUGCGGUCCCACCAAUUCCCAAUGAACAGCAGUUGGCCAGAUUGACUGACUAUGUGGCCUUCCUUGAAAACUGAUUACCUUGCUUCUGUGUUCAGAACAACCUGGGAACCCUGUGUGCUGAGAGUUUUAGUAAUCUCAGAUUUAUUUUAUUCUAUAUCUGUUAAACAUUGCAGUGUCCCCUACUCAAAUGUGUGAAGUCUCUAGUGUAUGUUGGCCCAGCUCCUGUUUUGCCAAAGCCCAGCUAGCAGUAGAAAAACUCCUUUAACUCCUGUAAUAUUUAUUCAGUAGGUACACAGCAGUAUUACAUAGUAAAUUCUUAUAUUAACUCACAGCAGCAAGAGACAGAACCUUUUUCAGGUAUGUUAGAAAUGCAGAAGAAACAACUUAUCUGGUGAGUAGUGCAGUGCUUAGCACAGAGCUAUUGCAUGUUGAAUUAAAGGACAAAGAGUGGAAGACUGCCCUGCCCUAUCUGCAGAGAGAAAAGAUUUUGAAUAUUGAAUACUUUUUAAUAUUACUGAACAAAAACAAUUUUACAGUAACUCUCUGGCAAGCAGUUUUAUGGCAAAUUUAUUGUUGAUUUUUUUCUUGUUCUCUCUGAAUUGUGAAAUCUUUCUCUGAUGUGAGAAAUUUCACAUCAGGUGUAUUUUUACAGCAGAAUAAUUGGAAUUGUUUAAGAAAGGCAAAUCUACACUUUGAGGAAGAAUUUUGACUUUUGGAAGGUUUUAUUUGAGUGUCAGAGGACACCAUAUGUUUUGCUGGUAACUCUACACCUUGAGGUCUGUCAUGUCUUUGUUGCCAAAACCAGCAGGAAAUAACUGCUCAGAGACAGAAUUUGGUCUUUAAGCAGCAAAGGUAUUUAUUUUAUGCAACGUUGGAGAGCUACCAGUUCAUGGGACAAAAUAGCUGUAAAGUUUUCAGUGAAAAGGCAGGCAAUUCUUACAGUCUUGGUGAGGGAUUACAAUAUUUCACGUGAAUAUUCAUUAAAAUUACAACAUCUAGUGAUAAUAUUCAUAUUAGGCAGGGUUCAGGCGGAGCUUGAGGCGGAGUCAUCUCCUUUUGGGGAGGUUCCUGGGGGUCCUUCCAACUCUUCAGCCUCAUGAGGGUCAUUUUUCUUUUCCUCAUUGCCAAUGAACUUUUCAGCUCUUCCUGACUAUGUGCUAAGGUCUUGCUAAAAACCCCUUGACUCAGCUCUUCUUCCCCCCCCAGAUGUCCAUCCUGUCUAAUUUAUGACUACGAAGCUGACCUUUUUGUUAUCUUUCAUUAGAACAGAACAUACCAAAGGCAGGCAGGCCUCUCGGAGCCUGGUACCUCCUCUCCCUUGGCUAAUCCCAUAAUACCUGUUCUCUGUCACUUUUAACCUAAAUGUAGCAUUCCUCAGAGUGGGAUCUGUGAACUCCUUCUCAGAGCAAGAUCCCAGCAUCUAAAAAUGCUGUGUUUCAUCUUGGUUCUUCUCAGCACAUUGGGCCAGGAUCUACAAGAAACAACAACCUUUAGCUGUCUUUAAGCUUUCUGGGUUCCCCCUGCAGUUACUGGAGAGGAAUUUAAAGGCUCAAGUGGGAUCAGAGAGCAGCUGGGAGGGGAUGGAUGAUACAUUGUGCUGCAGUGUCAGUUUGAGGAACGUUCUCUGUGUCGGAGCAGUGCUGUGUUAGUCUUGGGAGCUGAGAGUGGAUUUUAGAAGCAGACAUGACUUUCAUUCCCAUUUGUGUUAUGUUGGUAAAAAGGAAAAAGGGUGGCGCUUUAGAAGGCAGCACAUGCCUUCAUUUGCUUCUCCCCCAUUUCCUGUUCAGGGGUUUCAUGGAAGCUGGCAUGUGUGCCCUGUGUCGUGAUUGUUUCCCCAGUGGGCAGUGCCCACUGUACAUUCUCUUGGUGGGGAUGUGUUAGCAGGGGGAAUUGCAAACUGCUCUGCUGCCUUGAGAGCUCCCUUUAUAUGGAAGCACUUUCUCAAAAUGAUUAUUUAUUUGAAACCCA